CGGAAGUGUUGCUAUGUAGGCAAUUUCGCCUAUCUUUCGCAUCAUUCCGGAAACAGGGAAAUAAACGCUACUGUGGCUAGCCAGCCAAUCGCAGUUUCAACACAAAAAUAUCCAGGGUUUGAGGAGACAUGGGGGGAGCACAGAGCAUCGAAAUACCUGGAGGAGGAUCCGAAGGUUAUCACGUCCUCAGAGUGCAAGAGAACUCCCCUGGUCAUCUUGCAGGAUUGGAACCAUUCUUUGACUUUAUUAUUUCCAUCAGUGCCACAAGAUUGAACAAAGAUAAUGACACAUUAAAAGACUUGCUGAAGGUGAACGUGGAGAAACCCAUCAAGAUGCUGGUAUACAGCAGCAAGACACUUGAGCUGAGGGAGACAACAGUCACACCCAGCAACAUGUGGGGAGGCCAGGGGCUGCUGGGUGUCAGCAUCCGAUUCUGCAGCUUCGAAGGAGCCAAUGAGAAUGUGUGGCAUGUUUUGGAAGUAGAGCCAAAUUCUCCUGCAGCCCUGGCUGGUUUGAGACCACUCACUGACUACAUCAUAGGUGCAGACACUGUCAUGAAUGAGUGUUUGACUUUGUCUUCCCCGCAGUCUGAAGAUCUCUUCUCCCUCAUUGAAACUCAUGAAGGGAAAGGGCUUAAGUUGUAUGUGUAUAACACUGACACGGACAACUGUCGGGAGGUGGUCAUCACUCCAAACUCUGAAUGGGGUGGAGAGGGCAGCCUAGGUUGUGGGAUUGGCUAUGGCUAUCUGCACAGGAUACCCACACAGCCAUUUGAAGAGGGUAAGAAGAUCAGUUUCCCCGGACAGAUUCCAAGUGAGCCGGUUUCCCCACUCAAGGAUGGCUUCACAGAGGUUCAGCUCUCUGCUGUCAGUCCUCAACCUGCGGUGCCUUCUGCUCCUACUGGGUUGAAACAAAAUCUCUCUGACCUGUCAAUCAGCUCAGCUCCUCUCACUGUACCGAACGCUCUACAAACAGGAGUGACUACUAUGCCACUGUUGCCUAGCCAAGUCGGCCCGCUGCUAAGUACCGUACCUCCAAUCCUCCCUGCUACCACGUUACCAGGUCUAAUGUCGUUACCCGGAGGACUACCUCCCCUUCCCAACCUGCCAAAUUUGAAUUUCACUUUGCCAGACUUCGGCACUGUAUCGUUACCAGGUAUCGGAGGGAUGCCACCAGCAGGUUUCCCUCCAUUGGCCCCUCUUCCUCCCCUAAAUCUAUCCAUGCUCAACUCCCAGCUGCCCCUGGUCCCAGGGGUAACUCUGCCUCCAUCUGAGUUCACUCUUCCACCGGUCUCUGCAAAUGUCAAAGUCUCCUAUGAGCAGAGACCUGCCCUCAUCCUGGACACAAAAUCCUCCAGCGCCUCAGUGGUCAUUGACAAAUUGACAGAAACACUCCUCCCUACACCAGUGGCCUCCUUUGAACCAACAGAAGCGACCUCUGAGUCCUCCUAACAGAGGACCAUCUACCAACAAGCUCUACUAUCUUUAAAACUCAAUCUGGAAACACUUGUAGUUAUACCCCUAAUUCUCUACUUUGUUCCAAAAGUGUGUAUACUUCCUGUCAUGGAUUUACAAGCUCUGGAUUGGUGUAAUCAUUGGGGAGUGUUUCUCUCCCCCCUUAAAUCCAUCAUGGGAAGUUUGCACUCUGGAAAAAGGGUGGAGAAUCAGGAUGUAGCCAUGGUUGUUGAAACAGCAAGGGUCCUCAGAAGGAUGGGAGAAUUGUGAGAGAGACCCACUUUAGUAAAUUGAUACUGCAUUACAAGCCAAGGGCUCUGUUCAAUCAGUGUCGCAGGAGUUCGGCUUUACAGUUUCAUUGCCUUUAAAUUUCAAUGUUCCUGCUUUAGUGGAGACUGCAUAUGUGAGCUCAAAGCAGCAAUCAGCAGUAGAAACAAAGCAUGCUCCCUGCCUGUUUUGGUAAAACGCUGAGGGAUAUGUUCCCAUUCAAAUUCAUAGACAGAGCCAUGAUGCAAAAAUGUGUUUACAAACAUUGGAGUAAAACAAACUUAUUUUGGUUUCUGGAUAGUUGAACUCAGCUCAUGAGCCAUAUUCUUCAAAUUCUAAUUGCGGAAUCUGUGACGCUUCAUCUUGUACUAAAACACUUAAUAAGAAAGUGUGUAUUUGAACCAUCCCUGGAUUAAAUUGUGUGAAAAUGA